UGGCAGCAAGAAGGCUCCAAAUGAGAGCGGCGUUGCGCAGACACCUUCGCCUUCUUCAAUCUCUUACCAAUUCCAAAUCUGUUAAGACGAGGUCUAUCAUCACCGACGCUAUCCUUUACAUCCUCAAAUUACAACUCCAACUAGAAGCAAUCAAAACAGAGUUGCACUACAUCCUCCAUAAUAUCCAAGAAGUGAAAGUGAAAAGGGAUGGAAAAAAGAUUAUAGUGAAGGUGGCAUGCAAGAAAGUAGGGCACCAAGAUUUGGUUGUGAGAAUAGUAGAGGCCUUGGAAGAAAUGGAUCUAAGCAUUGUUGAACUUAGAGUUUCCUGCAAAUACAUCUUUGCAAUGGAGGCCAUUGUUGAAGCUGCAGAAGAUGAACAAUUGAGUGUAGGAGUUCUAACUCUAGCAAUUCUUAAAACUAUUGAUCUAAAUUGAAAGCCACAAAUCAUAUGAUGCAUUAUCUAA